AAUUUGUUCGAUGGAGGACCUACCGGAGGCUCUGGUGACAGAGAUUCUCAAGAGGAUCACCAGCACAAGUGAUCUGAAUUCUCUUUCCCUUGUGUCAAAGCAGCUCUACAAGAUAGAGGGGAAUCAGAGAGGUGCUAUCCAUGUUGGUUCUGGUCUUUGCACUGCUACGAAAGCACUAACAUCCUUGUGCGCCCGGUUCCCAAAUUUGCGGAAAGUGGAAAUUGAUUACUCUGGUUUUAUACCUGGACAUGGAAAGCAGUUGGACAACAAAGGCCUUUUUGUGUUUUCAUCUCACUGUUUCUCGCUGACUGACCUCACCUUAAGCUUCUGCUCAUGCGUCUAUGAUUCUGGGCUUGGUUGUUUAGCUUAUUGCAAGGCAUUGGUGUCUCUCAGGCUGAACUCUGCACCAAAAAUAACGUCAAUUGGGCUUUUCUCGAUCGCAGUUGGUUGCACAAGUCUAUCUGCCCUCCACCUUAUUGAUUGCGAGAAAAUUGACAGUGUAGAGUGGCUGGAAUACCUUGGUAGGGAUGGAUCAUUGAAAGAGCUUGUAGUGAAGAAUUUCAAAGGAAUCAAUCAUCGUGACUUCCUAAAGUUUGGUUCAGGAUGGAUGAAGCUCCAGAAGUUUGAGUUUGAGAGGAAAAGAGGAAUAGAUGAUCGUCUUCUAGGUGAUAUGGUCUAUGACUCCUCUUACAAUGCUCACAGCACGGAUAUAUAUGAUUUCUGUUGUGAGAGUUUGAAGGUUUUGAGGUUGGCGCAUAUUAAAACUUGGCCAGAAGUAGGACUUCGUGUUGUUCUAGGGAAGUGUAAAGCAUUGGAGAAGCUUUUCCUUGAGUAUGUUCAUGCCCUAAAUGACAAUGACAUGAUUGCAUUAUCUCGGAGCUGCAGCAACCUUAAAAGCAUCUUACUUUGGGUCAACCUGCAGCGCUACUCUAGUGAUGUCAGCUACUGUGAAACCAGGAUGUCAUUUACUUAUAACAGCCUUUAUGCUAUAGCCCUCAACUGUCCUAUGGUUCAGAUUGUAGACCUCAGAUUUACACGAUGCUCCCGUGACUGGCCAUCAGAAAUAGGAUUCACACAGAAGGGUUUUCUGACACUCAUUCAGUCCUGCCCAAUUCGUGUUCUCAUGCUAAACAACGCCAACUUCUUUGAUGACGAGGGGAUGAAGGCCGUCUCAUCCUCACCACAUCUUGAGGCACUCGAUCUUAUAUUGUGUCAUGCGGUAACUGAUGCUGGGAUGCGCUUCAUUGCGCACACCCCAUGCUUGAGUAAUCUCAUACUUCGGGCGUGUCAUAACGUUACUGAUGUUGGAAUGGCUGAACUGGGACGUGCACAUAAGUUAGAGUCUUUGGUCAUUGAGUAUUGUGGUGAGAUCUCUCUGCAAGCAGCGCAAGGUGUAAUCAAGUCAGUUCACUACUCCAGCAAGUUUUCGGAUGCCCUGAAGAAGAAACUUGGAUUUUUGGGCAAGUGUUGA